AUGUUUUACAUUCUAUUAGCAGCAGUUAUAUUGCUUUUCCAGUAUAUUGGAUGGCAACUUUUCUUUGGCCCACUGGCAGACAUUAAAGGACCUUGGCUUGCCAAGUUGACUCGCAUUCCAGAGUUACUCGCCGUUAACAGGGGGAAUUUCGAGCAAUGGAAUAUUGAACUCCAUCGCAAAUAUGGCCCAGUUGUUUGUUAUGCCCCUGGCAAAUUCAGUAUUAACACAGUCACUGCUGCUAGGGAGCUAUAUGGAUCACGAUACAAGUUCCCUAAAUCGACAUUCUAUUAUGCCUUUGGAAACCCUGACAACGUUCAAUCUGAUCUGUUCACCGAAAUAAACCCAAAGCGUCAUGCUGUUAAGCGACGCAAGAUAGCAUCCUUGUUCUCCACACAUGAGGUGCACCAAUAUGAGCCUGUGAUGGACCGAGAGACUUUGAAACUCUGUACAAGACUAGAAGAGUUUUCACAACCCGGAAAGCAUUUCAAUAUGCCAGACUGGAUGCAGUUCUAUGCUUUCGAUGUCAUUGGAGAGCUCACGCUUGGGGAAUCCUUUAACUAUCUUGGCUAUGGAUACGAUCACAAUCGUAUUCUCGAAGCCAUCCGCUUAACUUUCAGCUAUGGAGCACAUGUUGGUGUGUUCCCUGAACUGCAUCCAAUAGUGGGCGGCUUGACACAAGCCCUCCGGCUGAAGAUUCCCUUCGAUAUUGUCGCGAAACACAUUCUCCACUAUAUGAAUAACAAAAGGAAAUGUGAUGAGAGCAGUUUUCUGGCCAAGUUGUUCAAUCUCCAGGAGAAGCGAAACCUAAGCCAUAUGGAGAUUUUCAAUACAGUAGGAAGCAAUAUCGCAGCGGGCUCCGAUACCAUUUCUAUUGCUCUGAGCACCGCUUUCUACAUGCUUAUGAAAAACCCUGUCGCCUUGGCAAAAUUACGAACGGAGAUCGAUGCCGCUGCAGUUGACCAGCCACGAGAUGAGCCGUUCUCCUUUGCUCAGGCACGAAAAUUACCCUAUCUCCAAGCCUGUAUUAAAGAAGCACUCCGCAUCCACCCCGUCACAGCAUCACCCUUUGUUCGAGUCGUACCUUCAGGAGGCGCAAUCUUCGAUGGUGUAUAUUUUCCAGCCGGGUCUAUCCUAGGAGUCAAUCCCUGGACAGUGCAUUACAAUAAUGAUGUAUACGGGCCAGACGCUGCGUCAUUUCAGCCUGAAAGAUGGCUACAAGAUCCUUCUAUUGUGAUUGAAUUGGAAAAAGGCAUGCUUACUUUUGGAUUGGGCUCGCAUUCAUGCUUAGGCAAGCCACUUGCCAUGAUGCAGAUGUCUAAAGUACUUUCUCACCUGGUCCGCUCGUUUGACUUCGAAUUGGUUGAUAAGGAACAACCAUGGUCUACCUCAUCGAUGUGGCUCGUUAAGCAGGAGUACCAUUGUUCAGUCAAGAUAAGAGAAACCCAAAGCUAA